UUGAUUGUCGUUGAGCAUAUUAAUUCGGGCUGUUUUACAUACUUUGAGAAAUGUAAAUUUUGUGAAUUUACCAAACAGAAAAUCACUAUAACUAGUGAUACAUACAUCAUACCAUCGGCAGUGCGUUGACAAUCACUUGCUAGUGACAUGAGUAAUAGAAAGGAGAGUUUGAAAAAGUCCCUGGGAAUUACAGACUACCCUUGGAGUUCAGAUGAUGAACCUGAACCUGAGACUGUACAGGCGACUGCUGACCAGUCCGCUGAGAGAGGGAGCAACCCCACUAGGGAUACCAGUCGACCAAGCGUGGGAGAUGAACCUGGGACUAGUGGAGGCCAACCGUCGUCUACGCAAGCAGCGGCAGUUCGGAGGCGACGGACGCGCAUGGACCGUGACCUAUUCUGGUCCCUCCUCAACACUCCUCGCAAUACAGUCCCGUUAUCUAGAAGCAGUUCCAGAAUAGAAGUACCACUGUCUCUCGUGGCGCGGUCCCAUUCUUCUUCCGACGGCCGGGCUAACGAUCGUCCAAACACGGCGCACAGUAACCCGUCGUCUGAUGUUCAGCGAAUCCUUGCCUUCGGCCGCCUUAACCGCGCCUAUCGUGCGAGCAAAUCCACUAGCAACCUGUAUAAUGGCAUACAGGUUAUACGUAACAACGGCCGGCCGAGUCGAGAUUCAUCCUCGAUACAUACAAACCCCGGGUUAACGCUUGCAGAAGUGUCGGCCAUCGUGAUGCGGCGCCGGGCGCAGUUGCGCGCUGCCUCCGACGCCGACAGAAAUGUCGACAGACUUGGUCCUACGCUGAACCAAGCAGUACUGGGCGAUCCGCAGGCUUCGUCGAGCGGUGUGCUGCGGCCGCGGCCGCGUCUGGCUUCUACUGCCGCGCCCGCUCCGGGCAUCGAGCCUGUUAACAUUGACCAUUCGGAUUGUGAUGACGUCGACAUGCCUUCGGCCACUGUGUCCCCGCCACCUACAAGGAACGAAAGUAACGAGGAACAGGAAGUUGACGUGUCGGAAGUAGUGGAAGUCAACAACGUGUCUGCUGUAUCGCUGGAAGAAGAGAUUGUGGAGAUAGACCCGGAGCCUGAGGUCGCCGAGGUCGCCGGUGGUGCCAGCGGAGGCGAUGACCAAAACGCGCCAGAUGCUGAGGAAGCUAACGAAAACGGUAAUCUGACAAGUGAACAAGUUCAAAUACAGACACAGCCACAACCACACGGCGUCAAGAGAAAGAUUGAUGAUUACGAAGGUGACGGCGAAGGUGAACCAGACUCAGUUAAAGAGUUCAAUCAAGUGAUGUAG